AUGAUGACUAAGGGAAUUUUUGUCGGCUAUGAUAAAAGACAGAAUAGCAAAUCCCACAAUGCAACUGCUGAGAUACAACGGCAGCAAGUUAAGGAUCAUAUUAACUCAUUUCCAAGAAUUGAGUCGCAUUACUGCAAGCGUGAUUCAACUAAAAACUAUCUAAAUGCAGAUUUAAACAUUUCCAUCAUGUACCGAUUAUAUCAAGACUUUUGCACUUCUAAUAGUUUAAGUCCGCUCUCAAAGUUUGUGUACCAAAGUAUAUUUCAUGAUUUUGAACCAACUCUUGCCUUUUAUCGUCCAAAAAAGGAUCAGUGUUCGGUGUGUAAUGCAUUCAAUCAGACCAAAGAAAAAGAUCCCUUAAGAGAAGAGUAUGAAAAGCAUAAAAAAGCCGAAAAACAGUAG